GUAAACACCUGCAGUUGUCUCCAUCACGCACCCGUCCUCGCCUGACACGGAUGACGCGGAUUCCAAGAAACCAUACACACCUUUCACUGACUGUAUUUUUGAUGUUCAUGUUCAAGUUCUCAUUUCACACUCACCACCCAUUCCACCAGCCUGUCCUCAGUCGUUGUUGAUAGAGGUCUACCAGGUCCCAGACAGACAGAUCAUGAUGCCGCACGGAUACCCUGGUCCGUAAAUGUCACGUCAGCUCUUUGACUGUGUCCUCAAUCCAUCUGGCUUUUCCACCAGAUUGCUAGAGCAUCUCCCUUCACAUCCAAACUCCCAUGUCUACCACCGGCUCAGUGAGGUCAAGACCUCUACCUCUAUCCUCCAAGUCAUUCGCCCGCUAUGAACCCGCAAGUCCCGUCACAUCACCUCCUCGAAGUAGAGCCAGCACAAUAUCUACUCUGACUCCUCUCAAAUCCCCUACCACAACUCACUCAGAUCAAGAUGAUGUCUUUGAGAAGCCCGUCCCAGAAGGGAGUGAGCCUCCCUCUCCCACCCUCGGCCGCUCUCACACCUUACCCGACCGCUUCGACGAAUUACCCAUCGAACUUGUCAGUCUGACUGAUCGUUUUGUCGAUGCUCUGCAGACGAAGACAUAUCCUGAGCCUCUGAAGAUUGAUCAAUUGUCUGAUCUGUUUCAAGAGUUCUAUGUUCGGGCUUCCAGUGCAAUCGCCAUCCAUAUAUCAGCCCUCAGGUCUCGUCUUAACCGGGACCCUUCUCCCGCUCCUUCCAAGGCGUCCGCCAGGUCCAGAACUAUUCCUUCAAAGCCGUCCCACGACUCACUCCGACCUCGUGAUGCCACCUCAAACGCCCAGCAGAUGCUUACAGCGUCUGAAGUCACGGAAAAGCGGAAGCAAAGGAAACUACUCGAAUAUAAGCGUAUAGUUCUCGAGGAGGCUGUCGAGAAGAGAGUCUGUGAGAAGAUAUACGACAAACUAUGGAGACAUAAAAGCACCUUGGACGAAGUUCGUGACGAGAAACUCCGUUCCAAAACUGCUGCGUUGGCACUCGUUGGUAUUGGCUUGAAAGAUCUGGGCAUCGAUAUUGGACCGGACGCCGAAAAGACCACUGAAGAUCUUCAGGCUUCGCUAGAACCCGCCAGAGAAGGUCUCGCCAAAAUGAAUGAAGAAAAGUCUCCGCUUGGGAAGCUACAACACCUCACUGCUGCCCACAAAGCCAUCGUCGACACAUUAUACACUAUAUACCCAUCCUCUUCCUCAGCCGACGAGAUUCUUCCAACUCUUAUCUACACCCUCAUCACCUCCCCCGUUGAGGGCAUUAACAUCAUCAGCAACUUGUAUUUUAUCCAGAGAUUUCGAGCUGCGACACGAGUCGAUGGAGAGGCAGCAUACUGCCUAACCAACUUAGAAGCUGCCAUCAGCUUCCUCGAAAAUGUCGACCUCGCAAGUCUACGUGCGGACGAACAUCCCGAAGGACCCAGAAAACUUUCCACCACAGAUCAAGACCAGUCCGAAAAACUAGAAGCAUUCCCGUCCCUCCCCAUCUCAGCCUCACAGCCGGCCACCCCCACAACUGCGACGACAAACACCAACGCGACCGGCUCCCAUGUCGAGUCUAGUCCCUCGGGAUCCGUGUUGAAACCAUUACCAGAGAAAUCAGCUCCACCGACUACUCGCCAUCAGAGAACAUUAUCCGAUAUCCUCCACCCAAUCACCACCGCCAACAAAGCAGUCCAAUCUACCGCAGAAGAAGGAUUCAAAAACAUAUCCAGCACAUUAGACAACAGCUUCAAAUUCCUCAUGGGCAAGCUCAAAGAGCGAGGAAGCGAAGAUUCCAGCGCCGAAGUCAUCGUCCCCAAAACCCUAGAUGAAGCGCGACAAUUAGUGAGCAGACCACUCACACCCGACGAGGACGACCCUGCUCUCAGCGAAUCAAGCUCUCUCCACGACGGAACCAACACACCCACCACCUCCAACCUAACAAGAACGGAAGACCGGAUUCUCAGUUUACUCGGCGGACGAAAACCCGGUACCGUACGAGACCGAAGCGCCGAUAGCGUGCAAAGCAACGGCAGUGGACGACGAUCAACCCUCCAUCAAACCACAUCCGUUUCCUCCGGAGACAUCACUUCUACCAACACCAACACAAAAUCUUCUGGCGCAACACCAAUGAUCGCCACCCCACAAUCCGCCAGCACCAACCCUCUCGACACAGUCAAGAACUUUGGCGGUAGUCUCAACCCCAUCAAUCACAUUGGCUCAGCAUUCGGCGGAGCGUUUGGCCGAUUUGGAAGUCGAGCGAGUGCUUCAGCAUCUCCACCAACUCCCAACCCCCUGGUCGUGAUCGACAAAGAACGGAAAACCAGUACUAGUGCAUCAUCACCCGAUAAAUCUCCCUACAAGAACAUCCCCAAAGCAGGUCCUGGUGAAUCCGAUUCGACCGCGAACCAAAACCUCCAUCCGCUACGAUUACCUAAGAAAGACGAACUUGAAGUCAUCAAAGCCGCACCACCGAUUUCACGAUUCAUGACGUCGGAUUCAGCGGCAGAACUGAAAAUUGGUGAUGUUCAGGAUUUGUUGGAUGAUUAUCAACGCUUGGCUCGUGUGUUGGGCCAGUUGAUACAAAGGGCAAGUACCAACACAAGUACGGUUCAAGAUGUGGAUGAGAAUAGUGAUCAGGCGUCGGACAAGUGAUGAAGUUAUGAAACGGGUAGGAGGAGAGCAGGCUUACCUCGGAUUUUGAAAGGUGGGGGAAAGCAAAGAGGAUUGAGCGAUUGGUCACCAUGGUGUUAUACAAUAAGUCACCAGUCGAUGUCAACACUCGAGAGGACAUUAGGAGAUCAUAUCCCAGUGAGUGUCGAAUGAACAAAAGCCAUGUUGAAGAAAAGAUGGAUAGAUUAGACAGACAUGGCUGCAAUCUCAUUACGAUUCGUUUAUACCCGCUCGAACAUCGAGCAUGAAUAACAU